AUGCAAAUAUGAUCAUUUAAGUGUAAAAAUGCACCUUUUAACUCAUAAAAAUACUGAUUUAGUGGAGAUUAAAUAAAGAAUCUUUUGGACUCAACACCUUCAUUAUAUAAGAAUCGCAUAUUGGACUACAUAAAGGCGAGUUUGAUUUUCUUUUUUUGUUUUUUUACGAUUUCAUUCAUUUUGGUAUAAGUGUUGUUUUCUGCUAUUGAAAUGGUUUAAGAUAUUCGACUUCAUGUUAACUUGUAGACAAAGUUUCUGAUACCAUCUACCGAGUCAUCUCAGAACAAAAUAUUGAGUGGUGUUGGGGAGAGAUUAAGAGGUUACAAGCGUUCCUUACGACAGAUAUAUCUUAGGAAAGGUUUAACAAAGGAAGACUUGUAUAAGUUACCCCUUGCUCAGUCAUGCACUGAUGGUCUCACACGUCCUAGUGGAGUGGAUGAUGCCAUGUGGACUGGCUUUGUCACUUUGUGCUUUUCACAAGAGUUUGAGGUUAGCCAAAUUAUUUAUUGACAUUAAAAGUAUGAAUGAAUGUAUUAUAAAUCUAGAUGUGGAGUAUGAUUUUUAAAUGUAUAAGUGUAUCAUUAUAUUUAUAUGCAGAAGAAGUCGUUGCAUGGGAAGAAAGCAAAUCAAAGUUUUGCAAUUGGUUUUGAUAAGUUUGUAUGUCUGUGAAUCUAUUUAUUUCACUCUUUUUGGUUAAUAUUCAAGUUUAAGAUACAUUACAAAUGAACAAGCUUUUUAUGUAUUGGUGCAGGAAAGGCAACAUGGAAGAGAACCUGGUCCUAUUGAGAGGUUUGUUAAAACCCGCGAGAAGAAAGAUAAGACAUUCCACGAACCCAUCACAACACAAUUUGUGGUAAAGACAUAUAUAUAAUUCAUUUAGGCAUUAUUCAGGUGGAGUAUAACCUUUUAAGUGAUAACUAAUGAAUUUUUUUUGUGAGUUAGAAGUCAGCCAUUGAUAUUGUUAAAGAGAAGACAGGAUUAUGUGAAUUUUCAGAGGCAACUAAAAAGGCAGAAGAAAUUGCUUAUACAAAACUAAUGGGUCCUAUACCAGAAAAAGGUAAAGUUGCAGGGCUAGGUCGUGGAGUAUAUGCGAGAGAUUUAUGUAAACGUGGAUGUGAGGCUGGAUCACCUGCUGUGGUAAAGCUUUCAAAAAAAAUGCAAAGAAUGGAAGAUGAAAAUAAAAUGAUGCGAGAUCAAAUUGCCGUUCUAAUGUCUAAAUUUGGCGAUCAUGGUUCAGUACAUGAUUCACCGCUGAAUGGAGGUAGCUUUCAUGAAGUAUUGAGACAUGAUACAUCGAUAACAAAGAGCGACUAUCGUGAAAGAUCAAGGAAUAACACACUCUGUCCUCAUGAUUCGAUCCAUAAACCACCGCUUAGGAAAGAAGGUUCUCUUGAAGGCUCAAUGCCUGGUACACCCACCGAUUUUGGUUCAGGACAUGUUUCACAUUUAUCAUGUGGUGCCCAUUUCAACUCUAAUGCUGCAGGUAUGGACAAAUAGGUCAGUGGUACUUGACGUCAUGUAAUUAUUUUAUAUUUUAACAUUUCCUAAUCAUAUUUUUUAAGAUCACCUGCAAGAAAGAGAUUUAAGUUCAUCAAAACAGCUCAACGAAAUGGAAUGUGGACUGAAAACACAAACAAUGACAAUGUCGGUAAGUGUUUGUCAUGUUUAAUUGCCAAAUUCAAGUUUAAUGAAAUUUGAUCAAAACUUUACAUAUGGUAGUUCUAAUUUAUACUUGUCUUUUAAACUUGUUGAAGUCAUCAAGGAGUAAAAGAGUAUUUUCUCAAAGAGAUGUGGGUGAACAUAGGCCUUCACAAGCCUAUGUUCCAAUGUCUACUGAUUCUUUCAUGUCUCCUUCUCGACCACCAAAAUCGAGUGCUUUUGAACAUGAU